AUUCUCUGUUAAUAUGAUCACUUCUGAGAUGUCAAUUUAUUGAUAUAUUUUUCAUUUUAUGAAUUAUUAUAUAUCAGGCUACUGCUAUUCAGAGUAUUAUCCUACAACAUUGUAUGGGAGUUAUGGAAUCGUAAGUUCCAGAAAUUGGCCCUACAAUUAUCCACCUUAUCAAGACUGUUAUUGGAAAAUUGACGUUGGAGAUGACAAAAAAAUUAAAAUUGCUUUCAUGGACUUUGAUCUAGAGUAUGAUUCAGGAUGUGGUGAUGACAAACUCAAAGUAAAAGGUGAGAAAGCACAUCUUUGUUUACCAGUAUUAAGUAAUGUUAUUUGUCUUUAGAAAACAGGUCAUAUUUUAAUGGCUACAUGAUAUUUUUAUUGGGUGGUGGGGAGCAAAGAAGUCCGUUUUACAGCUUGCCCAAAUGGCAAGCUCUACACUGUAGCUACUGUAGUGGUUAAUAGCCCAAGAGUCAUUUUAACAAGCUGUAAAUGGCCACAAAAAAUGCGAGGACUUACAUAAUGGUGGACGCUCAUGGGAGGUGGUCGCUUACAAGGAAAGUACCAUGGGGUGUCUCCUUUGUUAAGAAAUCCUGACAUACCAACGUUGAAGUCAACUCUCUCAUAGUGACCACUUCUCAUAAGCAUCCAUCUCCCAUAAGAGACUAAUUUUUUUAUUAAUUGUUUUGUUUCUUGGACAAAUACUGUUUCAAAAAUUCUCUUGUAAGUGACUGGUCAGUGCUAAAUUUCUUAAACGACUGCAAUCCUUCUUUGACAUUCCAGUUUGUCUUCUGUUUCUGGGAAGGGAACACUUGGUGUGAUCAUAUGAUUGUAAGAAACCAUUGCUCGAAUGUCACAAGGGUUGAUUUCCCCCAUAGAUGACCACCUCCUGUCAUGUAGCAACCACUUAAGAGAGAGCUUUAUAGCUGACUGUAUUAUCUUGGUAGACAAUUGACUGUGUGCAAUUUCUAAGUUCCAUAGGUGGUGUUACAAUACUGAAGUUCAUCACAUAUUUUAAUGCUCCAAGUAGCAUAGUACAUACAGCAAACAAAGAGAUCAGACAAUGUGUUAUGUGGUCGCUUGCAAGAGGUUAAAAACAAUGGAAAUUUGAUGAACCAUCAGCCUUGAAAAGUGAUCAUAGUCGAAUACAGAGGGUAGUCGUUUAUGAGAGGAUCUAACUGUAAGGCUUUGACCAGCAGAGUUCCGGUGUUUUGAAUUAGAGGCAACUGCUUAUGGGUGGUGGUCGCUUACAAUGUACGAGAGGUCCCAACCAUAGGGCUUUGACUGGGAGAGUUUCAGUGUUUCGAAUAGACAGCUACUUAUGAGAGGUGGUUGCAAGUAUAUGUUAUACUGUAUAUAACAGCAAAUGUGAUGCCCUUUAAAUGAUGAGACCUAAUGAUUUUCAUAAGGCUGGUGGUGCUUUUAUUUCACUGUCAAACUAACAAAACCAUGAAAAGCCUGAAAUAUUUCAGGAAUGUUUAUUGAGUCGCGGUAUGACCAGUCAUGCAAAAGAUUAGGACAUGGGAGCCAGCCAGUGUUGCUUGUCAGUUGUGGUUUCGGGUUUUCCACACUUGAUUGGAUUUUUUCUUGCAGUGCAAUAUCAUUCCAAAAUUAAUACUGGUGUGCACAGUUUUGUUAGUUUUGCUGUAACUAUAGUGCUGUUCAAGUGUUCAUCCUAAUUAUUGAGCCAUGCAUUGUACAGUAUGACAUAUACUUCUCGUUGUUUAUUUUGCAGGGGGGGACAGUUAUGACUCAUAUGAUUCAUCCAACCCUGUUCAAAGCUCAAUUUGUGGUUCAAAGAGUCCAUUUUACAUCACCUCAUCAUAUGAUAAAAUCUGGAUCAGAUUUAAAUCCAACGGCUAUAAACAAGACCGUGGUUUUGUUGCUGGUUAUGUCCUUUAUGAGAACUCAAGUAGGUUCUGCAUUUCAGUUGAUAAUAAUAUUAUUACCUUUAAUAAAGCUUUAUUCGUAAUUAGUAGAAAGGGGGACAUUCUACCAGGUAAAGAGAGUGACAAAUUAGUAGAAAGUUUGAUAUGACCCAAUGAGAAUCAUUCAGGGUCCUGUUUUGGUUAAAUCUUGUCCUUGAUUGUAGUAGUCAGUUGUAUUGAUUUUCUAUGGCUUUGUGUAAGGUGAUACUACGAUAAUGAGUUUCAAACAAAGGGAGCAUUUUAGACCAGAGAUUUUACCACAUUAUACUCAAUGCGCCCCUUCCAUUUUACCUUUAUUCAAAGGCCACAUUACUUGAAUAAGAUAACAUUAAUUUUUCUUUCCUCACUGGUUAUUAUUUAAGAAACUAAGUUCCUAAUUUCUAUGCAGGAAAAGAUUUAGCCUGUGUAGCAGGCGUCAAAAGGGGUAGGGGUAGGGGAUAGGGAGGAAGAGAAAAAGGGGAGGGGGAUUGGGGAUUUUCCCUUUCUCCCUCCUCCCUCCCCCUUUUGCACUUGCCACGCAGGCUAGAAAAGAUUUGGAUGACUGACAUGUUGUGUAUUUUCCAGAUCAUUGUAUUUUC